UUCACUUCCCUGGGGCCCAAGCCAACAUCCACACAACAGCCAUUUACACCCCACAUCUUGGAAAAAGGCAUGGUGCACGUUUGGCUGAACGCCAUGUGCCAGUGCGUGCUGGCGGUGUGUGUGAUGGGCGUGAGCGUGCGCCUGUGCGUGCCACGCGCUGGCGGUGGGCCCGGGGGACCUCGUGGCAGUCGGGGGGGCUGGCGUGAUGGCUGGCGUGACGGUGGCAGGGGUGGCGGAGGCUGCAGCGUGGCGUCCGGUCUGAGGCAGUGCCUGGGCUGGGUGAGCACCGUGGGCAAUGUCGUUGCCGUGCCCAUCCUGGUGCUGCUCAGCCUGCGCACGCCACAGUGCCUCUACACGUGCAUCACCCUGGUCUGCUGCCCCCUGCUGGUCAGACAGUUCAAGAUGUUCCUGAUGCUGCUGCUCACGCUCAACGCCCACCUCCAGCACAGGCUGGGGAUCAGCAGGUAUGAGGCCUUGGUGACCCGCCCGCGCGUUCUGUGUCUGGUGCUGCUCAGCUGGUUGGUCUCCGUGGUGACGGCCUUCGCCCAGUUCAUCGGCAGGAAAGCCCGGGACAGCUGGGGCGUCUCUGAAGGCAGCAGCACUGCGGAGAUGGGCUUGGGGCGGCCGCAGGGCGGCAACUGGAGCUCCCCCUUCCUGCCGCCCACCAAGCCCCCGUACCCACAGGACCGCUCCGUCAUCGGCAAGUACCUGCCCUACGGCGGCUUCCUGUCCAAGUUCCUGAUCACCUACACGGACAACUUCACGUACGCGGAGAUCCACGGCAGCCACUGGGGCGUGUGUGCGGCCGACACCGUCCUCAGUCCGGCCUACAUGGUCUACGUCUACAGCGUCACGGUCUUCCUGAUUCCCGCGCUGGUCAUGCUGGCAGUCUACCUGGACCUGAUGUGCGUGGCGCCGCGGACGGACCCAGGCCCCCGGGUCUUGGCGUCGGGCAAGAGUGUGCUGCACGCCCACUCCCGCUCGGUGGCGCUGUCGCUCUCCCUGCUGGUGCUGCUCUGCCUGCCGAUGCACGUGGCGCACAUGCUCCAGCUCUUCGCCCCGGGCAAGCCGCCGACGCCCUGGGCCACCCUGCUGGUGUCGCUGCUGUUCCAGUCGUACGGCCUGGUGCCACCGCUGCUGUUCAAGGAGAGGGGGGAGGGGGAGGGGGAGGGGAGCGCGGUGGAGCCGGCCGGGGGGGCGACAGCCCCCUCGGCCCGGGGGAAGGCCGUGGGGAGGGCCUUCUGUGUCGCCAUGCAGGCGUGCGCCUCUUGUUGCCCCCACAGCCAUGGCCUAAAAGCCAAGGUGUGUCCCGAGGUGUGA